UCUCCCACAUCAGCCUCCUCUUAUCUCCCUUGACAUGUGGAACCACCCACUUGAACCGGAACCGUUUCUGGGGAUUUGCAGCCUCCCUGUCGGUCUAUCGCCCUGACAGCCAGCCACAACACGGCUCCACACACACACACACACACGCACACACACACACACCACUGUGCCUGCACGGAGCGGGAUGCGUCCUGUUUUUACGAUGCCCGGGACAGCGGUGGCAGGUUGGCCCGUGACAUACAUCGGACACUCCCGGUGGAAGUGACAUAUAGAGCGUGCACAGCGACGACUCACGGGAUCCAUGGGCGCGGAUCUGCUCUCUGGUGAUUAAUGGUGACCGGCCAUCGUUUCAACUUCCUAUUUCAGCGGGAAAGAGUAUUUAACGCUUACCUAGGGGGGGUCGGUAAAGGGGAAAGAUGGGGAGCACGACCUCUUGCUGUGUGUCCGGCAGCCCUAAGCUCCGCAGAAAUGCCCACUCCAGGCUGGAGUCGUACCACCAGGAGUCGGAGCUGAGCAGGGAGGAGACGGGAUGUUACCUGCAGCACAUCAGCGACAGGGAGAACGUCGACGAGAUGAAUGAGUACAAUCCGGCGGACCAUCCGCGGGCCAGCACCAUAUUCCUCAGCAAAUCCCAGAACGAUGAGGUGCCCUGCAGGACGGUGCGAGAUAAGCGAAAGAGCCUCUUCAUCAAUAAUCAUGGAUCGUCCAGGCGGAAAUACAGCUCCUGCUCCACCAUCUUCCUAGACGACAACACGGUCAGCCAGCCCAACCUCAAAUACACCAUCAAAUGUGUAGCGGUGGCUAUUUACUACCACAUAAAGAACAGGGACACAGACGGAGGGAUGCUGCUGGGUAUAUUUGACGAGAAGCUUCAUCCUCUUACAAAAGCAGAGGUGCCGUCGGACUAUGACCAGCAGGAUCCGGAGCAGAAACAGAUCUACCGGUUUGUCAGGACUCUGUUCAGUGCCGCUCAGCUCACUGCAGAGUGUGCUAUCGUCACCCUGAUCUACUUGGAGCGGCUCCUGACCUACGCAGAGCUGGACAUUAGUCCCGGUAACUGGAAGAGGAUCGUUCUGGGGGCGAUCCUGCUGGCCUCCAAAGUCUGGGACGACCAGGCCGUCUGGAACGUCGACUACUGCCAGAUCCUCAAGGAUAUCACUGUGGAGGACAUGAACGAGUUGGAGCGGCAGUUUCUGGAGCUGCUGCAGUUCAACAUCAACGUGCCGUCCAGUGUCUACGCCAAAUAUUACUUUGACCUGCGAUCGCUUUCAGAGACCAACAACCUCAGCUUCCCCCUGGAGCCGCUCAGCAGAGACAAAGCCCAGAAACUAGAGGCUAUUUCCAGGCUGUGUGACGACCGGUACAAGGACGCUCGGAGAGCUGCGAAGAAGCGCUCAGCCAGCACGGACAAUCUCUGUGGCAUCAGAUGGGUCCCCGCUAUCCUCUCCUAACCUCUGCUUCAUGUACUGAACACUGGCGUCAGGCUGCAGGAACACUGCAGACAAACUACUUCACUCUGCGGAGUUCAAAAACUUUACUACACUUGUAUACGACACUUGGCCGUCGCACUGGAGUGGAGACACGUGCAGCUUGGGGCGGUGGACCUGAUGCCGUCACGGUGCCUCAACUCUUCUGAUCACGAGCGAGAGAACGGCGCUCCUGGCUGUUCUAUCAGAUGUGGGGGAAACACAAAGCUCUUGACUUCCUGGGACACCUGUCUUAACGCCUCUCUGUUCAGUUGUCUGCUUUUGUCUUCAGCCUAAUUUAAAACAUCUGGCGUAACCUGCCUUUGAGAACGGCCCUGCAACUUCACGAUGAAGCAUAUUAUUUAUUUGACUUUUGAUUAUGUGAACAGUUGCAGAUGAAUAGCAGCUGCAGAGUUUCAGUAGUGUAGCACUGGAACCUUUACUGGUUGUUUCUUAUCUUAGAAUAAUAAAAGUGUUAUCAAGUUUU